CAGAUCGAUAUCUAUCUCGAAUCAAGGCCUUCCACGAUGGAUAUCGCUGGACCUAGAUCUCACAGGCCCAAGAACAGUGCUCAAGGCGUCAACUACAUCUAUAUCCCCGACACCCUUGCUCAGUGGCCUUGGCCAAGAGCUAUUAACGCUCACUACGAGGAAUGCAAAGCCGCGUCCGAGAGUUGGAUCCACGGUUUCAAUGUGUUCAGUCCCGAGGACCAAGCUGCCUUUGACAGCUGCAACUUCAGCUUGCUCGCAUCACUGGCAUAUCCAAAUUUGGACAAAGAGGGAUGCCUACUCGGAUGUUAUCUCAUGAACCUCUUCUUCGUCUUCGAUCAGAAAACGGACGUCUCCAACGAGCAUGAGACACGGUACCUGGCUGGCUGCAUUAUGGACGCUCUCCGUCAUCCGCACAAGCCACGACCGCCGGGAGAAUGGGUUGGAGGAUUGAUUGCUCAGCGAUUCUGGCAGGAGGCCAUCAAGAUUGUCACCCCGCCGUGUCAAAGACGCUUCAUCCAGUACUUUGACCGCUACACGGAAGCUGUUAUCCAACAGUCCUCCGACCGUACCGAAGGCCGGGUCCACGACAUCGACAGUUUUACCAAGCUUCGGCGCGAGACCAUCGGAACCCUCCCUUCCUUCGCGCUUCUCGAGAUCCGUUUCAAUAUCCCCGACCACGUCAUGGAGCAUCCCACCAUCCAACGUCUGACGGACUUGUGCACGGAUCUGAUUAGUAUCGGGAAUGACCUCUAUUCUUAUAACGUUGAACAAGCCCGCGGUGACGAAAGCCACAACCUUGUCACGGUGACAAUGACUACGCUGGAUUGCAUACUACAGGAAGCCUACAAUCAGAUCGGGAUGCUCCAUGACGCGCUUGCGGCCGAGUUCCUCGAUCUGCGCAACAACAUCCCAUCGUUUCCGGAAGAAAGUGAGGCUGUGAACCGAGCGAUUCGGGAGUAUGUGGAUGGGCUAGGGAACUGGGUCCGGGCCAAUGAGUGCUGGAGUUUCGAGGGCGGACGCUACUUUGGCUGCGAUGGCGUGAGGAUCUUGAAGGAUAGGACGGUGGCCUUGACUCCCAAGAAUGUGUGAGGCAAUCAUAUUCAUUGUCACUUUUGCGAAGCGUUAGAGCGCGCACAUUCCUGCUCUCCUUGGGGCCAGGGGGGCUCCUGUUUUUCGGUUAGCAGCGAGUUCGAUACCUGGUAUGUUAUCACCAUUGUCGAGAGACUGAUCUUCGUCCG